AUGAUGGAUUCUGGAGUUAUUCCAUCGCACUUGUUGUGGACAAGUGAUGGCCAUGGUAAAAAACUGAUCAUGCAAUUUUGCGGCCAUGCGUGGUCUCAAGUGUACGAACGCGAUUAUUUUGCCUUCCUGUGCAAGCACGAGAAAACUCGUAAAGAAAAUUACAUGAUGUCACCACAGAGGUCUUACCGGGAAGAACUGGUACUCUGGAUGAAGGAGGUGUGCAGAAUUUACGAUUUAAGUUUACUGACUUUGCAUCUGGCUGCCUACAUCCUGGACUCCUUCAUGGACUAUCAUGACAUACCACCCUUUAGAUUGCGUUUCAUGGCGUCUGUUUCACUUGCUUUGGCGGCAAAGUUUGAAGAAGAUGGUGCAAAGAUUCCAAGCUACGCCAAGAUUUACUCAGUGAACAACCCUUCCAACCCUCCACUUCCUCCCAAUUGUGUUAUUUUUGAUGUUGAAUGGAAGGUUUUCAAAUUCAUGGACUGCAAUUUGCACAUUCCGACAGUAGUUCAUUUUGCGUACUACUUUGUAGUUGUCGGACUACUUGAGACUGAUUUUGCACAGAGGGCUGAUUUGACUGAGAGAGAACUUCGAAUGGCCUUGCGAGACGAGCUUCAGCAAUCCUUGGAUGACAUGCUUCAAGAUUUGUGGUCAUUAAAACUGCCACCAUCGUGGAUGGUCUCGGCCAGCUUAAUUUAUGCCCGCCGUCACUUGAAUAUUUUGCCCGAUUGGCCCUACAAAUUUCAAGAACUGACUCAACUCAAUCUGGAAACCUUACGUCCUGCGCUGAAUUUGUUACACAAAUAUUAUAGCUCCAGAAGGGUCAGAGGCCUUAGAAAUAUUUCUCCUAGUGAUUCCGGCUACUUAUCAGGGUGA